AUGGGUAUGGAGAAUGGAGGGGUAGCUUCACUUGGUGGGGCGUCUGCUCUUAAGGAAUUGCGAAUUAAGAAGGAACCUCUGCCGGAGCUUCCACUUUCUGCUACAUCUCGAGUUCCUGACCAAAUUGACUCCACAAUUGAGCAAUUGCGUAUACAAUCUGAACCGCUGUCAGAUACUCAAUUAUCUCCUGUUCCCGAAAAUACCGAAGUUUCUAUAAAUGAGGAGCCGGAUAUUAAUGAUAAUGGCAAUGUUGACAUCUUAUCGAUUGAGCCUCAGUUUGACCCGAAAGCUGCUAUCGACAAGCUGUUGAAAAUUGAUAUGGAGCAUGGAUUUAAAGUCUCCGAUAUCAACAUUGAACCGACAGCUGCCUUUAAAACACUCGACGAGAUAAGAACGGCUGUCAAACUGGCAGCUGUUUCUUCCAAAAAUGGCCACGAGCCAAUUCUUGAGAACUGGCGAAAAGCCAAGAUCUUUCUCUAUAUAAUCUCACGCGUCGAAGACAGCAUUACACCAGAUAUCAGCAAGUCUCUCAAACUCAAGGAAGUCCUUGAGCUCUUUACCUAUCCAUUAUGCCCUAAAGAAUCCUCCAGCAUUGCAAAAGCUCUGAUCGAUAGAAUUGAGGCUCAAAAUGGUUUCGAUGCUCCACCGCCACCUCCACCAGCGGCAGCAUUGACUAUCGACUCACAAUCUGCCAAUGCAAAUAAAAAUAAGAAGCGAAAGUCCGUCUGUGAGACUCCUGCAUCUUCGAAGAAAUCUAGGAAUAAUUCGACCUCCGGCCCUGUAACCCCCGUUCACUUACCGCCUUCCAAUCAUCCUAUCUGGGGAGAUAGCGGUAUUAUGCGUGGUUGUCUACUCAACUUGUCUAUCAGAAAGGAUUUCGAGGCCAAAGAUUGUAAGGUAUAUGGUCACAAUGGUCUUACCGUCGGGGAUUGUUGGGCCAGACAAAUAGCUGCGCUUCGAGAUGGUGCUCAUGGUGCUCCACAAGCUGGAAUCGUCGGAAAUUUAGAAGAAGGAGCUUAUAGUAUCAUGAUUUCCAAACACUAUGACGGAUUCGACGUGGAUGAGGGUGAUACUAUCGAAUAUUCUGCUCCUGGAGCCAUAGAUUCCACGGCAAAAGAACCUGAAACGACAAAGCACGGUGUGAUAGUCUUGAGACGAUCAAUAGAGACCGAGAAUCCAGUUCGUGUUUUGAGAAACGCCGGCUGUGCGUGGAAACAUGGGCCAGCUAUGGGCAUUCGAUACGAUGGGCUCUAUACAGUCAUCAAGGGCGAAUCGGCAACUAAUGGAAAGGGAGGAAAGUAUUGGAGAUUUACGUUGAAAAGACUGCCUCAAUUCAAUGGACGUGAUCAGGAUCCUAUCAAUCUUGCUAGACCUACUAAGCAGGAAUGUAGCCUCUUUGAGAAGGUUAAGGAGGGUUAUUGA